AUGGAGUCCGCAUCAACAAGAUUCUUCACCAUCCCCGAGCUCCUCGCCAUGCUGAUACUACGCCUCAACCAUAAUGAGAUUUCAAAACUGAUGCGAACAAGUAGGCUCAUGCACCAACUCUGUACUCCUGCUCACUAUCACAGCGUCGACUCCAACUUCAGACCUGGCCACAAGACCCUCCUUAGCUCCAAACAAUGCAUCCGUGCGCUCUACAAGAACGUUAGCUUUGUUCGACAGCUCGUUCUCGGACUCGAGGACCUUAUCUAUUACUUUAAUUGCGUCGUCGACUACCAGGAUCGGCUCUCACACGAAACAGGACAACCUCUAUUGGAACAGCCACGAUGGCUUUACCCGCGAGACCGCCAUACCUGCCCAGUACUGCCGAUACCCCCCAUGAUGUUUCUAACCAGUCUUGAGAUCGAUAUCCACUACCCAUCCAAGACUGCGGAAAUGAGCGUGUGCCCGUAUUCUCUACCGACCUAUCGUGACCCGAGGGCGACCACCACCAGGAUCUGUUGGUUGUUACAACUCAACCCACAUCUUACGCGUGUCACCAUAGCAGGGUUCGUCUUCAAGGACAACCGGGAUACCCUCCUGCUCACAACAUCGAUAUUUGGUUUGGACAGGUUGCAGGAUCUCUAUAUUUCAGCCAUGUACUGGGAGCCCACCGAUCUGAAGCUGAUACCCAACAUUUUUUUCAGCUGCCCACCGUCUUUGCGGGUGUUGAGCAUUGACCUAUGUUGGGAAGACAGACAAGAAUAUUACGGCGUGCUCACGACCGAAUAUCAACGUCGACAACCAGGAAGGCUGCAUUUAUGGGAAGUGGAGGACAAGGAGUGUGGUCUGACAGCGGUGCCCCAACGAGAGGAGCCAUUGGUGCGCUUGACGACGCUCAUGCUAACGGAUACGGACGAGUUUGUUGAUCAGAGGGUUAUGGGAUCGAUCCUGGCGCACUGUCCCAACCUCCGCAACAUGAAGAUGCCCUGCACCGAUAAGACCGAGGACAACGAUGACAACAAGGCCCUAGCCACAGUAGUCGCCAGAUCCUGCCCAAAGUUGCGCAACUUGACCUAUCAGGAUCACAUCGACGGCGGUGCGAACGGUGCGCUGUUAUUACGGAUCAUGGAUGCACUGCCCCCACAGCAGGUUGAGCAGUUGACAUGCGAGAGGAGACCAUUUAAGAUUCGUGGACUGGAUGUAACGACACUGUUCAAGAGGCAUUCGACUACACUGCGUACUCUUUGUUUGGUUGGCUGUCGGAAUGUGCGGUCCAAGGCGAUUAAAAUCCUUCUGGAUGAUUGUCGAGGUAUUGAGAGGUUGGAGGUUUCUUGGGGUGGUGACCGACAUGAGCUUUGUAUUGACCUGGAAGAUGCGGUCGAGAUUCCAUGGGCAUGUAUCCGGGUCGAGUCACUUGUGCUCACGAUUGCCGUUCCAGACGAGCCGUUACACUUGCACACUGGAACUGAGCCCUACUACAACCGCCCCCCACCAACAACACUCUCGGAAGCGGAGAAGGAGCAGUUUGAGCAGCUGGAGGCCCUCUAUCGUCAAAUCGGAACACUCACGGAGCUGACGUGUCUCAACCUGGAAGUCUUCUACUACGACCCGCAAGGCGUCCGUCCGUUAUCAAAUUGUACAGGGUCCAACACAUUCCCCGGUAUGCUGAGCCUCGGCGACUGCAGAUAUGAACGUCCGGGAUUCCUGCACCACUUGGCAGGGCUGACAAAUCUGAGAGUCCUUGCCGGGUCGAUCUCUGCGACGACUGACGAAACCAGCAUGACGAUGGGGCGGGCGGAGGCAGAGUGGAUAUAUUCCAAUUGGCCGGCCCUGGAAAAGGCGAAUUUCUUUCCGAGAAAUUGCCAUAUCCGCGCGCCUUACAAGUGGCUGCAGGAACAGCGGGACAAUUUGAAAAUAUCUCUUUUUUAG